ACUCAGUCCUCAGUCGUGUAUUCGCGCUGGUUCUGUUCGUACCUACUUGUGUGGAUCCUCCAGACCCCAAAACGUCACCUAACAAACAGGUCUUCCCAAGUUCUUCUUUAACAGAUCAGUCAACAUGGUCUACAGGUUCUGCGUCGUCGUGCUGCUCGCGCCUGCGCUUCUCUCCCUCGUCUGCGCCGAGGAGAGGAGAGCUAUCGUGAUCCUCAAGGGAGACCCCGGUGUGUCUGGCAAUGUCACCUUCUCACAGAUGGAGGACGACGGUCCUGUCACCAUCAGAGGCACCAUCAGUGGCCUGUCAAAGGGCAAGCAUGGCUUCCACAUCCACGAGAAGGGGGAUCUGACAUCAGGGUGCAAGAGCACCGAAGGUCACUUCAACCCCGACAAGAAAAACCACGGAGGCCCGAACGAUGAGGUACGUCAUGCCGGAGACCUGGGUAACAUCUUCGCUGAGGACAACGGUGUGGCCGACGUGGUGAUCACAGACAAGAUCAUCUCUCUGGUGGGCAAAUACAGCAUCCUGGGCCGUGCCGUGGUCGUCCACAGCGACGCCGACGAUCUGGGCCGUGGGGGCUUCAGUGACAGUCUGACCACUGGACAUGCCGGCACUAGAGUUGCCUGCGGGGUCAUCGGCAUCCAACACCCGUCAGAUCCUUGGUUCCAAGGUGCUUCUUCAGCAUCUUUUCACUUCGUCAGCACGGUCACUCUAGGAGCUGCUUUACUAGCUAGGGUGCUACACUGAGACUCUAUCUAUUUCGUUGAAUCUGUGAUGUGGACAAAUCAAAAUUACCAAUCUAGUGUUUAAUUUAAAGCUAAUACUACGUAUUAGACCUUUAUUUAUCCAUAUGUGGAACCUGUAUUUAAUAUUCUAUUUAUUAUUAAGUGUACAAAAGUAAUAUUUUUCAUUGAUUUUUAUAUGUACUACGAAACGUUGUAUAAAUUAUUUCUAGUUGUGACGAGUAAACAUUGUUAUGGUUAGUAUAAGUGUGAUUUGCAAAUAAACGUUUGUAAGUUUU